AUGACAUCGGCCCAUCGAACUCUACGCCUCAAACUUGAACCAAACACAAAACCAUCCCCAUCAGCCACGCGUAUCAACGUUUUCGCAUCAAACGCAUCCAAACUCUCGCCUCCAUCCAUCGGACAAGCAAAAUCUCUUCCUCCCCCCUUUUUCUGGCCGCCCAGUUUCUCGCCGCUGGCCCCGGCGCAUUGUGCGCUGAACAUGGCCCCGGCACUCACCAUCUCGACAAACAUGGACUCCCGACCCUCGUCGCCCGUGCCGCCUCCCAUGUCGCCCAUCACGCCCACUUUGCCUCCCGCGCAGCUCUCCAGCGAUGCAGCAGACAAAGGCAGCAGAACUGUCACCGCCGUGCCCGUGCCCGUGCCGCCUACCGCCGCCGCGGCGCAACAACAGCCCGCUGCGCGCUCGACCCUGUCGCACUCGCAGCAGUCUGAUCAAGUUGGCCUUCCGCCGCCGCCCUCGAAGCCGAUCGAGUUCGAGUCCAACCCCGACGUCAUCGCCCUCAAGUCGGCCAUCGCCGUGCUGCAGAUGCAGAGGAUGCGCGCGACGGCCGACAUCCAGGCCCUCAGCCAGAUCAAGAACGAGGCCGUGGAGCACCCGGACGAGUUCGCCCGUGACUUGGCCAUGGGGAAAGUCGGCCGGGGAGCGCAACCUGACGACGAGACGACCCGCGCGUGGGUUGCGCAACCGAUACCAAAAGCUCAGGAUGUGGUCCGCUGCCCGCCCAUCAACUGGUCGCAGUACGCAGUCGUGGGCGAAUCCCUCGACAAGUUACACGCCGAGCAAGUGAGCCGGCCUACGCAGGGUACGCCGGCGACUAUUGGCGCUGGAGGCGUGUAUCAGUUCAAGGGUGGCGAUGGCAAGCAAGAAGAGUAUCCUGGCGUGGCAGCUCCGUAUGCGCCCCUCAAGGACAAGAUUGAAAAGAAGACGAAGAGUAGGAAAUGA